AUGAACGACAACCGUUUCUCAGAGACUCGAAGAGGGAAAUCUGACUUUAUUCAAGAACACGUUAACUCUCGGUUUUCCAAAACCGAAGAGAACAAACAUUGCGAAUUCGGUCUGGAUGAUCCUAAUAUCAUUGUGGGACGAUAUUUAAUAUAUGACUCAAGAACUAGACGUUGUUACGCUAGAAACAAUUCUUCGAUUGAAAUAAGCACGCCAAGGGAUGGAAAACACAUAUCAAAAAUGUUGAAUGCUAUAUUAGGUCGCGAAUCUCCAAAUUCAAUGAAAGAAGCUACCUGUCAUUCAUCAUUAUCCCGUCCUAUCCCACCUCCACCUCCACCUCCCAAUUCUCCACCAUUGUUGUCCUUGUCACCAUUUUUUCCAUCUUCACCAGAACUACCUUCGACUCCAAGAGGUCCACCGCAAGUUAUUCAGGCCACACCGGAUAAUACACCACAACAGAUUUUAAAUCUGCAGCAUCUGAAUACAUUAACGGAUAAUAAUAGUCCACCUUAUUCUCCAUUUCCAGAUUCACAUUUUGCCCAAUUUGAUGUACCAAGUCCACCGGUGUCCGCUCGUGGAUUUUCCCCAAUAUCUAAUCCUUAUUAUUCGGAUGACUCGGAAUCUUCUUACUCGAAUGCCUCGGUUCAUCACUCACCGACAACACCAUUACCAACAAUUGAGAUUAGUUCACCUUCCGCUCAACAUCAUUCCCAAAACUUAAGAAAUUUUAAUGAAAGUUACGAUUAUUUAAAUAAUGCACCCUCAAGAAACGUGCAUGAUUCUAAUCUAAUACAUCAUAAUGAAUUAUCUCCUUCUCCCAACAACUAUCAAAUUAAUUCAAUAUCAACUGGUCGGAGCACAAGAUUAAAAAUUGAUUCUUUAAAUUUUAAUGAAGACACGAUAGAUUAUUCAUCAUCUACGGUUUCAAAAGAGCCGGAUGCUUUUAAUAGAAAUUAA